AUGUUAUUAUUCUUUUGCCUUGUUCUCUUGCUUGAUUUUAGAAAUGGACCUCAAGUCGAAGCUUCUGUGAGGUUGGUGAAUGGUUUUAACAAAUGUUCUGGACGAGUGGAGGUUCUCUAUAAUGGUGAAUGGGGAACAGUGUGUGAUAAUUCCUGGGACUCUAUUGAUGCUGCAGUGGUGUGUAAAGAAAUGGGCUGUGGAAAUGUCCUACAGGUGAAUAGUGUUGCAUAUUUUGGACCAGGUUCAGGACCAAUAUGGAUGGAUGAGGUAAACUGUGUUGGCACUGAGUCUUCACUGAUAAACUGUGGAAGUGCAGGGUGGGGAAUAACCAACUGUGGACAUGGUGAAGAUGCUGGAGUCGUUUGUCAAGCCUUAGUUAGAUUGGUGAAUGGCAGUAACUCUUGUUCUGGACGAGUGGAGGUUCUUUAUGGUGGUGUAUGGGGAACAGUGUGUGAUAACAGCUGGGAUCUAUCAGACGCUGCAGUGGUGUGUAGAGAACUGGGCUGUGCAGAUCCCAGAGAGGCAAAGACUGGUGCUUAUUUUGGAGCAGGUUCUGGACAAAUUUGGAUGGAUGCUUCACAGUGCACUGGGAGUGAGGCUUCGUUGGUGAGCUGUUCAUCAACAAAAUGGGGAAUACAGAGUUGUACCCACUCAAAAGAUGCUGGAGUCAUCUGUAACCCUCCUGUUAGGUUGGUGAAUGGCAGUAACUCAUGUUCUGGAAGAGUGGAGGUUCUUCAUAAUGGUCAGUGGGGAACAGUGUGUUCAGAUUACUGGGACUCUAGUGAUGCUGCAGUGGUGUGUAAAGAGAUAUCAGACUGGUAA